GCGAUACUGAAACAAACACAGGUCAACAAAUCAAAAAUCAAAGAGAAACGAUCCAAAGCAGAUUUGCAAAAGCCGAGCAGACAAAACGCCGGUUUUCCACUCCGGCGUUUGAUUCUAUCCGGACUCUCUGUAUUUUUCAUUCUCAAUUUGAGAGAGAGAGAGAGAUUUUCGCCAUAUCCGUAUUUAGAGAUUUCAGUAUGUCGCUCGAAACGCUCGAAAAAUCCCAACAUUUCAGGCGAUUUUUCGUUUACUAGAUUGAAAGAUCAAAAACCCAUUUUCGAUUUUUCUAUUGAAAUCUCUAUACAACUAUUUCGAAUCCAGAGGAAGAGAGAAAAAGAGAAAAAAGAAGGAUUUUUGGUUUCUGGUUCUGUUGUAGAGAGGUGUUUUCUUCCGGAAUCCGAUCGAAAAGAUUGGACUUUUGAUCGAAAUAUUAGAAAACAAGACUACCCAUUUGGAUUUUUGGAUUGAAACCUUGAAAAAAAUUAUCUUUUUUUCAUUGCAAGUUGUUUGCUGAGAGGUAGGAUUUUGGGGAAUCUGGUUGGAGGCUGUUUGCUUUUUCAGCUUUUCCGAUCACAUUCACGUUUGAUUGCUGAGAAUCUGAAUACCCAUUUGGAUUUUCUGAUCAAAUCGUGAAAAAAUCAAUCAAGGUCGAUCGAAAUCGCGUAAAGAUUCGGUUUUUAGCUUUUGGGUCGUUUACUGAGAGUCUCUCUGCUGUAAUCUGAUCAGAAAGUGGCUUGGGAGUGUGGUUUUUUCGAUCUUCAUUUGCUGAUAUUUCCUCUACUCGUUUGAUUUUCGGAGCAGAACUGUGGAAAUAUCGAUUGGAAUGGUAAAAAGAUUGGAUCUUUAGCUUUUGGGUGUCUUACUGAGAGUCUUUCUCUGCUGUAAUCAGACCAAAAGCUGGUUUCUAGACGCUGUUUUCUGGUUUUCCAAUGGCAAUAGCAUUCUGUCAGUGAAAAUCUCAGUACCCAUUUAGUCUUUAUGAUCGAGGCGUGAAGAAUCUGAUAGAAUAUUUGAAAGGAAGAGUCAUUUCUCUGUUGUGUUCUUAUUCUGAACUGCGGAAAAUUCAAACCCAGCUUUAUAAGGAUUCUAUCUAUUGCUCCUGGUUGUAGUUAGAAUCCUGCAUCUGGCCUUCUGUUUCCCGUCCAAAUGAUGGAAAGAUCGAUAAUUUUGCUUCUGGGUUUUUGAGAAAGAAGCCAUCUCUCACUUAGGCGGAAUUCGAUCUGUGGUUCGGCUUUAUAGGAUGGCUGUGAAAUCCGGCGUGCUCGAUUACUGGCGGAAGUGUUUCAACAGCACGAACGCUGAUAUCUUCGAGGUGAUUGAAUAUGCAAUCAUCAUUGCCUCGUUGGACUGCCCGAAGGAGUUACGGAUGCGGCGGGACCGGAUUGCCGAGAAGCUCUUCUCUUGCCGGUUAACCCGGUGUGUUGGGUGUGAUCGUGUCGAGGCAGCUGCCCCAGAGGAGGAUGAGGAUGGUGGGUGCAAGGAUGGUUUUGGAGGUGAUGGUGAUUUUGGCAGAAAGGAGAGUAAGGGGAAUAGCAGCACAAAUGAGGGUGGAAAGAUGAAUAGAGUGAGCAAUUACAGCUAUGAUGAAGCGGAGGCAUUGACCGAGGAAAUCGAAGAGGAGAGUCAGAUUGUUGGGGAGGUUUUGAGGAUUAAAGAAAUUCUUUCCAAUAAGCAAGAUGAGUCUGAUAAUGUUUUAUUCGAGUUGUUGAGGAGGCUUCAGUUGAUGGAGCUCACCGUGGAAACAUUAAAGGCGACUGAGAUUGGAAAGGCAGUUAAUGGCCUGCGGAAGCACGGGUCGAAGCAGAUUCGCCAUCUUGCACGUGCUCUUAUUGAUGGGUGGAAGGAUAUGGUAGAUCAAUGGGUUAAUGCCGCAGCUGCUGUUGUAGACGGUUCGCCGGACUCUGUGAAUCCUUCUACCGUUGUUGAAGAAGAAGGGCUCCCUUCUCCGCCGUUGGAUGAAGGAGCUUUCUUGGCUACUCAGACUACUGGAAUGGAGCUUUCUCAGUUCUUUGAUGGCAUGGACGAUGAUGGAAAUCCUCAUAACAAUGGGGAAUUUGAUAAGAAUCGUGGCAAUGGAAGAAAACCCAUUUCUGAAAACCAUAUCCCUAAGAGGAAGCAACAACCUCCGCCGGAGGAAAACAUGCACAAUGAGGAUACGAGCCACAUGCAAAGACAAGAGGCUGUUGUCAAACAAACCAAGCCCUCCAAUACCAAUUCUGGGCCAGGAAGACCUGUGAAGCUUAGCUCUGAUUCUGGGCCAGGAAGACCUGCGAAGCUUAGCUCUGAUUCUGGGCCGGGAAGACCUCAGAAGCUUAGCUCUGAUUUUGGGCCAGGGAGACCUUUGAACCUUAGCUCGGAACGAAAAGCGAAUGGGGAUAUAAAAUUGCAGCAACGAGUGGAUCUGAUGGGGACCCAAAAGAAGCAACCACCUAGCAUUCAAGAUAAAUCCAAAUAUUCGGAUGAAGUGUCGGUUCGAGUGAAGCUUGAAGCAGCAAAGAGGAAACUCCAAGAAGGGUACCAACAAGCGGAGAACGCGAAGAAGCAGCGCACUAUCCAGGUCAUGGAGUUGCACGAUCUGCCUAAACAAGGGCUUGGUCACAGAAAUCCUCAAGUGAAACCAGGCGCCCACAACAGGCAUUGGGCAAACGGGCGGCGAUAGUUAUGAUUUCCCAUAUAUUAACCUGUCGUUUCCUUUCAUUCACAAGCAAACAACAGAAGAAAACCAGACAGCAACACGCCUCAGCUUGUGCUGUGCUGCAUAUUGCCUCUGUUGAACCCAUUAAGCUUGACAUCAGUAGCCCAAAAUCUGCUUUUGGCAAACAACCAAAGACCUGAUUUUGUUUUUUUUUUUUUUUUUUGGAGUUCAGGUAGAAUCAUGGCUGCAUAGAACUCUUUUUAAAGACAAUUACAUGAAGGUAUAAAGAUAUAAAGAUUAUACCCAUUCCAAUCAAAAAGUCCGGAUUGGUGACCGAGAUAAACCCAUAAAGAACCUUGAUUCUCAGCGGCCCAUUUGAUAUUUUGUUUUUCUCCACCAAACUCUACUUGCUUUAUCAGAUAGACUAGUAUUAAAAUCAAAUGCAUUUUCAUAUAUUACAGUUAUAUAUGUAUAUAUUGUCAAUAUAAAAGAGACUUCUGUUAACUGUCUUUCAUA